AUGUUAAGAAAUGUGACAAGUGCCAAAGCUUCACCAAUAUACCUUGAUCUCCUCCAAAUGAGCUCUCCUGAUGACCAAUUUUUUGCUGUCUGGGGGAUUGACCUUAUCGGGUCAUUGCCCACGGGAAAAGGAGGAAUCAAGUAUGCAAUAGUGGCGGUCGACUACUUCACACAGUGGGUCAAGGCUGAGCCACUCGCUACAAUCACUUCUAAGAAGACACUAGAUUUCGUCAUCAAGAACAUCGUUUGCCGCUACAGGCUCCUAAGGAAAAUAGUCUCUGACAAUGGCUUAGAGUUUGACAACGAGGUGUUCACAGACUUUUGUCAGCGACACGGGGUUUUGAAGAGCUUUUCCUCUGUGGCCCACCUGCAGGAAAAUGGUCAGGUGGAAGCAGUCAAUAAGAUGCUCAAAGCCUCCUUGAAGAAAAUGCUUGAACAGGCAAAAGGUGCUUGGCCCAUGGAGCUGCCUAGAGCAUUGUGGAGUUACCACAUUACUGCCAGGACCUCCACUGGCCACUCAUUAUUCUCAAUGGCCUAUGGGUAUAAGGCCAUGCUCUCAGUUGAGGCAGCAAUCUCCACACACCGGUGGGAUACAUAUGAUCCGACCACAAACCUUGCUUUACUCCGAGAGUCCCUGGACCUUGUGGAGGAGCUCUGUGAAGCUUCUCAGCUUCGAGUAUCAUCCUACCAGCAGAAAGUGGCCUAG